GGCUUUCAACAUUUCACCUCUAAGGAUUUUUUUUUUUUUGAACGCUCAGAUUCCUCCGAUCUGGCGGAUUCCCCGCAGUCAAACUUCACCGUUUGAACAGGGACCAAUAGAGCUGGCCAGCUGCACAACAGUGGGAUGUGAUUCUCUGUCCUACUGGAUGAUUCCAUCUCUUCAUCCAUCCAUCAGUCCAUCCCUCCACCCUGCCACCCAGAGGAAGGAUCUGAUGAGAGGAGUGCAGAGGGCGGAGAGAAGGAAAGACCUGCUAUGGCCAGCACAGCUGAUGGUGUAGGGAGUCUGGGUGCUGAACAGAACCACCUGAAUGUUCCUGUUGCUGACCAUGGGGCCUGGGCCACAGCCAUGAACAACCUGGGCAUCGUGCCAAUGGGCCUCAGCGGGCAGCCCAUUCUUCCUGGAUUUGAUCCAAGCCUGGGCCUCAUCACACCCAUCAACCCCAUGAUGGCGGGCAUCAGCCUGGUCCCUCCACCGCCUGUACCACCUGACAUGCCUGUCAUCAAGGAGAUCAUCCACUGCAAGAGCUGCACCCUCUUCCCUCAGAACCCCAACCUGCCCCCUCCCUCCACGCGGGAGCGGCCCCCCGGCUGUAAGACUGUGUUCGUAGGAGGUCUGCCGGAAAACGCCAGCGAGGAAAUCAUCAGGGAGGUGUUCGACCAGUGCGGGGAGAUCACCGCCAUCCGCAAGAGCAAGAAGAACUUCUGCCACAUACGCUUCAGUGAGGAGUUCAUGGUGGACAAGGCCCUGUAUCUGUCUGGUUACAGGAUGCGUAUUGGAUCCAGCACUGACAAAAAAGAUUCGGGGAAGAUCCAUGUGGAUUUCGCCCAGGCCAGAGACGACCUGUACGAGUGGGAGUGUAAGCAGCGGUUACUGGCCAGAGAGGAAAGGCACCGCCGCAAGAUCCAGGAAGACCGUCUCAGACCGCCAUCGCCCCCUCCCAUCAUGCACUACUCCGAACACGAGGCAGGGCUGCUGGCUGACAGAUUGAAAGAUGACCACAAGUUUACUGACGCCAUAACAGUGCUUUUCACCUGGAUCGACCGGGGCGAAGUCAACCGACGGACAGCCAAUCACUUCUACUCCAUGAUCCAGUCAGCCAACAGCCACGUACGCCGGCUGAUGAGCGAAAAGGCCCAGCACGAAGAGGAGAUGGAGCUGGCCAAAGAAACCUUCAAGAACGCCCUGCUGGCUAUACUAACACAGUUCGAGCAGAUCACCGCCGUUUUCACCGCCGCCACCAGGCAAAAGGCAUGGGACCAUUUCUCAAAAGCACAGCGCAAGAACAUAGACAUUUGGCGCAAGCAGUGCGAGGAGCUGAGGAAUGCCCACAGUGAAGAGAUCAUGGGCAUUCGUCGGGAGGAGGAGAUGGAGAUGUCAGAUGAUGACUCAGAUGAAAGUCCGUGUAAGAAGAUGCGCAUGGAGGAGAAUGGAGUGUGUGAUCAGAGCCAGGUGUCCCUGAGGGAGGAGAAUGACUCUCUGCGCUGGCAGCUGGACGCCUACAGGAACGAGGUGGAGCUGCUGAGGAAGGAGCAAAGCAAGGCCAGCCGCCCAGACGACGAGCACACACACAGCCAGACGCCGGCGCACACACACCUUACACACGCGCCGGCAAACUCGCACGCACACGCGCACAACCCCGAGGCCCAGAUCCAGCUGCUGCAGCAGAGCAUGCACAACAUGCAGCAGCAACUCCUGAACCUGCAGGAGCAGCUGAGGAGUAAGGAGGCGGAGCUGGAGCAGGCCAGAGAAGAGCACCGCCACCUGGAGGGGGAGGUUGUAGCUCUGCGAGACAAGUUGCUGAACAACAACUUGGAGGCUGUGGAGGGGACCAAUGGAGAGGUGCAUGAAAAGGGAAUCAACGGAUGUAUUCCCUCCCUGUACCAUGCCAGAGAGAGGAGGAAUGAGGUCAUUAUGAGAGGAGUGGUCACUUCAGAGAAAGAGGCCCUUCUAUUAGGCAUCAUAUCCACAUUCCUCCAUGUCCAUCCAUUUGGGGCCAACAUUGAAUAUCUGUGGUCUUACAUUCAGAGACUGGACUCAAAGGUAUCAGCAGGGGAGCUGGAGCGUCUCAUGGUACGUCUUCCCAGCAUGUUCAGGCAGGAGCUGAGCGGCGUGGGCGCCACGUUGGAGAAGCGAUGGAAGUUCUGCGGCUUCGACAGCCUCGGCUCGGCAUGA